AUGUCUUCAGCUGGCAACAUCUUCAAUGUGUCAUCUCAUCUGUUUCUUCAAGGCUUCGAUCUGUCCCCUGAACAGGCUAUUGUUGCAUUUGUCUUUGCCACACUAAAUUAUAUAAUCAUAUUGUUCUGCAACUUCUUCCUCCUGUUCACUGUCAUAACCAAUAGGGGUCUUCAUGAACCAAUGUAUAUUCUCCUGUUAAAUUUGUCCAUUAAUGAUCUAAUAGGUUCUACAUGCCUGUUCCCUCACAUCAUGCGGGAGCUCCUGUUUGACACCAAGACCAUUCCGUUCUCCAUCUGUAUCACUCAGGCGUUCUUCAUACAUGUGUAUGCAUUAUCAGCGGUCUUCAUCUUGACUGCAAUGGCAUAUGACAGAUAUGUCGCCAUCUGCCAGCCAAUGAGAUACACUACCAUUAUGAGCAAAGUUCACCUCACAAAGAUCAUCUCUUUGGUUUGGCUUUCUAAUUUGACACUGAUUGGAAUCCUUUUCAUUCUCCUCCUGCGGUUGCCUCGCUGUAGGUCUUACCUUACCCAUCCAUAUUGUGACAACCCUUCCCUCCUGCAACUGGUCUGUGCAGACAUGACCAUUAAUAACAUUUACGGACUUCUGAUAACAGCUCUCUGUCAGGUGUUAACAGUGGGUCUGAUUUUGUACACAUACCUACGGAUCCUCAUAGCCUGUUUCCACAACAAAAGCUCUGACACAAGGAGUAAAGCUCUGCAGACAUGUGGCACACAUCUAGUUGUCUUUAUCUUGUUUGAGUGUUUGGGUCUUUUCACCAUCAUCUCAUACAGGAUAAAAGAUAUUUCUCCUCACUUACGAAAAUUCAUUGCGGUUGGUGCUAUGAUAUUACCACCAACGAUGAAUCCUAUUAUAUAUGGAUUGAGAACUAAAGAAAUCAGAGUCAAAGGAAUAAACUUUUUCAGGCGAAAAAAAGUUUUCAUGUCAUGA